GCCGAGCGAGGCUAUAAAGCAGCGCGGUGGGGGCGCGUUGCCUUCCCGCCAUCGCGACCCGCGGCGCCGUCGCGACUCGGGGAUCGCGGACCGCCGGGACGGGGGACGCCGGGACGCGCGGGCCUGUGGCGGCGCGGCCCACCGGAGACGCCGCCGCCGCAGACCCUCCGGGAGACCCGCGCGUACCUCCGCGUUUCGCAUCGCAGCGGUGACCGUCGCUUCGCUUGCGGUUUUUGAGGAUGCCUCGCGCCCUCUCGCCCAAGCUGCUCUGGGUAACCCUUUUCUUCGCCCUCAAUCCCCGGCAUGGCGUCGGCUCCUUCACUCUUCGCCGAGAAGGGGCAAACGAGUUUGUAGCUUUAGGCCGCUCCGUCGCCCGCCUGUUUAAUCUCACUAAUUGCUGGGUGUGCGGAGGGGCGCUGGGCCUGGAGAGCUGGCCGUGGACCUCCCUCCCCGUCUCUCCCAAGUGGUUGGUGAGCGGUUACGGCGCCGUCGGGAACGACACCUACUGGGAAGAGGAAAGCACGCCGUCUCCUUGGCCGGUACAAUACCCAGCCCAAGGCCAGUACUGUCUGAAACGCACCCAGCCGGGGGGGACUUUCCUGGGCACGAGUGUCUGUAACUGGACCUUCACCUACGCCAACCAUCCGCCUCCCGGCAGCCCUUACGCCGUGCCCACCACCCAAAUCGACGGCCUCGCAGCCGAGGGGCCCCGAUGGGCAUGGGUGAACGAAUCGGGCCACCAGAAAGCCUUUUCCGGUUUUUGGUCCCCGACGAAUCUGACCAGUCGCAUCGACGAGCCGUACGGACCGGAACUAAACACCACGUGUGGCUGGAGGAACGACGCGGGCGCUUGGUUCUGCCGGGUUACGGGCAGACCCCACCCCCGGCUCCCCUGGCAAAACCUGACGGUCCUCAGCCCUUUGGGAACGGACAAUUCCACUUAUUUUCAAGUGCCCUCCGCUCCCGCCGGGCUGUUCGAAAGCGGCGCCAAAGCUCUCAAAGGCCACCAUUGGAUUUGCGGCUAUCGCGCUUAUAAAGCCCUGCCGGCGAAUUGGACGGGGGUUUGUUACGUCGGAAUCAUCCGGCCUUUGUUUUUCCUCCUCUCCGAAAGCGGCGAUCCCGACGUCAAGCCGUCCCACCAUCUCCCGCGGAAGAAACGAUCGACUGAGGAGGGUCUGCCCAUCCCGAGUAGCCAACGGUGGGAGGAAGACGACUGGCCCCUCCUCCGGCGACUCCUGGAAACCUGGAAGCCCAAUGAGUUAAUUAACGGUGCUCCGGAACCUAUUUAUAACCUAAACCGUAUCGUGCAGCUCCGAGAUGGUUUAGAAGUUUCUGCCGGUGACAUGGCGCGUGCCUCGGACGCGUUGGCAAACCCGGCCCCGCGCCGCCGCCUGGUUCCCGACUCCCGACCGGCCGGAGGAGGUGACGUUUGGAGGACGUUAAAUUUUGAUUCGAACCGUUGUUUAAAAAUCGACGAUAACGGUCGGGUCGUUCAAGAAAAAGCCUCUAAAAUAAGAGAAUUAGCCCACGUCCCCGUUCAAAGCUGGGAAAGUCGGGAAUCCGAGCCCUUCUCGUGGCUUCCAGGCGCCCCGGGGGUUAAGCGCAGCCUGUUUUACGCGCUGUGCGCCGUAGCGGCGUUGUUAGUUGCGCUGUGUCUUGGCCUGGCUUUACGACGGUUCGUUCGGCGCGUUGUAACCCAGAGACAGCCUGUAGCCGCCUCGUCGCCAGACGGCGUCAAGUACAGCUGUGCCGCGGACGAGCCGGAGUUUCCAGCUGUAAAAAAUGGAUGAAGGAAACGCUCUUUUCCUACUUCACCGUCUUCUCCUUCCAUCGUUGGACCAACGCUGGUCCGUUCCUUGGACCAGCAACCUCUGAGCCGCGGGGCGGGGGGGCGGCGGGAGAGACUGGAACGGCCAAAAAAUUGUCUCGAAAGCUUGUGUUCUGUUGAGGACUUUUGCUGCGAAGCGACGGGCCGUUUGCCGGGUUUAUAGCCGGGGAUUUGCUCCUCGGCCGCCGACGGGAUGCCGGGAAACGUGGGCCAACUUGCUGUAAAUCCCCAGGAAGGCGUCUCCCAAGUUGGCUCGCCGCUGCCCGCGCGGCGUACGCGACACCAAAGGGGCAGCAUUUCGGUUAUCGGAGCAGGCGGAUCGUGUCCACCUCGGACAUUCGUCCCGCUCCCGACUCUGUUAAACCUGAGCCCAAAAACUCGCCCGGAGUUGCCGGCCAGCGACCGCCUCAAACGAUGGUUGUCCCAGCAAAGGCCGCCGUCGGGCCGGUUGAGCGAAGGACGAGUCGCGGAGACCCAGCGCCACGGGGACCCCCAGCGCCGUCGCGAUUCGGGGAUCGCGGGACCGGAGGACGGCGGGACGCGCGGCGCCUGUGGCGGUAACCGUCCCCUCGCUGCGCUGCGUUAACGCCGCGCCUCCCCCCCCCCGCCGCCGCCGGCGCUCCUCGAAGGGCAAUAAACCCUCCGUCCGCCUGGGGGGGGGCGGUUUCAGCUCCCGCUUGGAAUCUUUACC